AUGCCCAGUCUACCAGAUCAAGUGCGCCAAUCUGUGCCAGCUAUUGAUCCAAUUGUCGCCGAGUAUGCUGCCGGAUAUGUGCAGCAUAUUUCCGAGUCGACGUCGGAUCCAGUAUUCGCUAAUAAUCUCGAUAUUGACGGCGAAGUCGAGUUCAUUUCAUCUUUGUUGAAAGAUGCUGGUGGCGACCCUUCGUCGGUGGAUUCUUUAUAUGAGAAGUUGAUUGAAGAGCUUAAAAAGAUUUAUGCUGCCAGUGCAUCUAAGCCCUAUAUUGAUUCGGCUUCAAGAAAACUGGACCGGGAUACUCUGUUAUCUGCUCAAAAACACAAUACCAACAGGUUUGGUGCGGGUGGUGGAUCCGAUGGCAUGGAUCUUGAUCUCUUGUCAGGUAGAAAGGUCGAGUCUCGUGUUGAUAAAAAGAAGCUUGAAAAGGCUGAAAAGAAGAUUGCCGCUAAACUGGCCAAGAGAGCUGCCAAGAUGACUGCUGUGGGAUAUGAGGCAUCUAAGCUAUUGAAUAUAGACGACAAGGAGGAUUACGAUACUUUCUUCCUUACAGUCAAUCCUCUGGAGCUUGGUGCAUCUCAAGGAAAGAGCAAGGAUAUCAAGAUCGAAAACUUUGACUUGUAUGUGGGUGCUGGUCAACGUAUUCUGUCUAAUACUUCACUGACUCUGGCAUAUGGUCGUAGAUACGGUGUUGUAGGCCAAAACGGUAUUGGUAAAUCCACUCUAUUAAAGGCAUUAUCGAGACGUGAAUUGGCGGUUCCAAAACAUAUCACGAUUCUGUAUGUCGAACAAGAAGUCACUGGUGACGAGACCUCAGCUUUACAAACGGUUCUGGAUGCUGAUGUAUGGAGAAAGCAUCUCUUAUUAGAGCAAAAGAAGAUCAAUGACCGAAUCUCGGAAAUUUCAGAUUUAGUUCGUCCUUUAGAAACAACUGAUCCAGAUUACAAAGCAUUGGACGAAGAGAGAGACGAUUUAGAAUCCAAUCUUAACGAUAUCUAUGAUAAAUUGACCGAGAUAGAGAGUGAUAAAGCCGAGGGAAGAGCUGCUGCUAUUCUGUUUGGUCUUGGAUUCUCUGCUGAAGCACAACAACAACCUACCAACUCGUUUUCUGGUGGUUGGAGAAUGCGUCUUUCUCUUGCCAGAGCUCUGUUCUGUAAACCCGAUCUACUUCUUCUCGAUGAACCUUCCAAUAUGUUGGAUGUUCCUUCCAUCACUUAUUUAUCGAACUAUCUCCAGUCAUAUCCAUCAACUGUCGUGGUAGUUUCACACGAUCGUGCAUUCCUCAAUGAAGUAGCCACCGACAUUAUCCACCAGCAUUCCGAACGUUUAGAUUAUUACCGAGGAUCCAACUUCGACUCAUUCUACGCCACUCGUGAAGAACGACGAAAGAAUCAACAACGUGAAUACGAAAACCAAAUGGCUUAUCGUAAACAUUUGCAAACAUUCAUCGAUAAAUUUAGAUACAACGCAGCCAAGUCAUCUGAAGCACAAUCACGUAUCAAGAAACUUGAAAAGCUACCCAUUUUGGAGCCUCCAGAGGAAGACCAGACUGUUACAUUCCGAUUCCCUGAUCCUGAUAAGUUGUCACCACCAGUUAUCCAGUUACAGGGAGUCGAUUUCGGCUAUUCGCCAGAUAAGUUGCUGCUGAAGAAUGUCGACCUGGAUGUGGGAAUUGACUCGCGUAUUGCACUUGUCGGUGGUAACGGUUGCGGUAAGACGACGCUGCUGAAAAUCCUCAUGGACCAGCUCAAACCUAUUUCCGGUUUGGUUUCGCGAAAUGGCCGUCUCCGUAUUGGUUAUUUUGCUCAACAUCAUAUUGACGGUAUGGACAUAAAUCUGUCUCCAGUCGAGUGGAUGGCAAAGAUGAGUCCUGGAAAGUCUGACGAAGAGUGUCGUCGUCUUCUUGGAGCUUUUGGAAUUACUGGUACUCUGGGUCUCCAAAAGAUUGCCUUGCUUUCUGGAGGUCAAAAGUCAAGAGUCGCAUUUGCAUGUCUCGGACUGAACACUCCACAUAUCCUCGUGCUCGAUGAACCUUCCAAUCACUUGGAUACCGCUGGUCUCGACGCUCUUGCUGACGCGCUUCGUAACUUCAAAGGUGGUAUUCUCAUGGUCUCGCACGAUGUGAGCACCAUCGACCGUGUCUGCAACGAAAUCUGGCUCUCCGAAAGCGGCACCGUCCGCAAGUUCCCAGGCUCCAUCUAUGAUUACAAGAAGUAUACCCUCAAACAGUCUACUGGAGCAGGUGUUAUCGCUAAGCAAUAA